GUUAUCACUCGAAGGGUCGUGAUGGCACUGAGCUGAUUUAUGGCCGGGAUAAUAUGGCAAAGCCAGUGCGGGACCUGCAGGAUGUGCUUUUGCAGGUGGCUCUGGGGAAAUUCGACCCUGACGCCACUCGUUCAGGUUACUUUUUGAAGCGCGGUGGGCCUCCGGACGGUGAGGCUCUUCCACAGGAGGAAGUUUUGUCGGAGUCCUCCUCCGAGGCCAGUGAAGAUGCUGAGGACGUGGAUCAUGAGGCGGCGGAAAGCGCUGCGGACGAGCUUGGGCGACAGUGGGAGCCUGAUCAAGGUCUCAGAGAGGAGCUGGCAUCCGUUCCCCUUUUCAGGAACCGUGAAACCAGGUUCAUACAUGUGGCGGCCUCAGAGGAAGGUGCGGCCUUGAGUGUGGAUCCGGCUCAGUCUGUGCAUGUCAGAGGGAUGGCCAAUUAUUCCGAGAGCCAGUCGGUGCUGCAAUCCAGACUGGGUGCCGUCGGCUUUUCUGAUGUUGACAUCCAGGCGAUUUUGCCUGAGGUGGGAAACCUUAGGAGGCUUGCGUUCAUCUCCUCGUUUACUCCGGGGCAGACCGAUGAAGGACCCCUCAUGGAAGUCCUGAAAGAUAUCUUGAAGCGUGAUCUCACGAUUUCAGAUAAGGCGAACUGGAGGGCUGUUUACAAUGAGGCUUUCGCCAUUGUUACAGCCGAGAUGAAGCAGCGCAUCGAGAAGGCCGACCCCGAAGCCACGGUCAGGCCUUUGUCUCAGCCGGAGAGAUCUGAGAGGUAUGAGAGGCAGGCCAAGAAGCUGGUUGGCAUUUCUUUGAAGGGGCCGCUGGAGCCCUCGGAUGCCUUAGUCGAUCUGGCAGUGGCCUCUUAUGAAGCGAAUGAGCUUCGCUACAUCCCUUGGGAAAAAUGUGUUUCCAAGGAAGCCGA